UCCUUCUUGAAUUGCUCGUCUGCUCUUUCCAGCUUCAUCCUGUCAAUCUGUCUGCUGUGAGCAGAUCCCGUCUUCGCCGAAUUCAGUCCGUUUAAAUCGAUCCAUUUUCAGAAAUAGAAUCGCGCACUGUCUUCCUCCACAUAAACCCCCCCUCCAUCUCCCGCAAGGGAAUUUCCUCGGGCCAUUUAUUGACUGAGGACGGCUGCAUACCGCAACUUCAUCAGCCCCCCUCUCCGUCUAUCUCAUCCCUUCCUUCGUCUCGCCUUCGCUCUCUCUCCUUCGCGUGGCACUCGAUUUUUGGAGGGACUCGACCACUUCCGCCACCCCUUGCGCAACCGAUUUUGUGUCUACACGGUCAUACAGGGCUUUUAAAGAAACGGAGACGGAAGGGAGAACGAAAGCUGCUGCUGCUGCUUCUCUUGCGAUCAAAUCAAAUCGACCCGCCUGCGUCUGUACGGAUCCUAUCUGCCUCUCGCGCGUCGACCAGUGAUUUUUUAUUAUAUUUUAUUUGAUUAUUUUCUCGCGCGACCUUCGAAUUCUCGUGUUAACCUCGUCGCGCGUAUACUCGUUUCGUUCGCUCCUGCAUCUUCGCGACGCGCCUGCUUGUUUUGACAUUGUCGUGGUCACCCUGAAACAUUCCCGGUCGAAUCCCAAGCGCCGACGGACGCUGCGAGCGCCGACGUAUCUUGUGUUUCAGGCGCGUGGCUCAGUGCCCUUGGUGCACGACGAGGACCGACCUCCCGGGAAUCUCUACUCUUCCCCUCCCCACCUCCUCUUACGCAGUCGCGCUGCGCGUACAGAGGCAUCGACGAAGUGGGUUGAGAGCUCGGUCAGCCUUCGAAUAAUCUGAUGGGAUGUGCAUCUUUCGCUUGCUUUGUAUAGCCUGCUUGUUUUGUCUUGAUACUGCUGCCGCCGCGCCUUACGUUCGCAGCAUUCCGCUGUGGAAUCGAUUACCUUGCUACAUUUUGCUUACGGGCUAAGACACGACAACAAUCGCACCGCCACAGUUCCUACCCGCCAUCUGUUCUGUUGUUGUCAACCUCCGUCGCGGGUGAAGAUCACUGUAUCCGUCACGAACUUGCACCUCGAUUCGCUCGUCGACCCCGUUCACGGCGCAUUCUACUUUCCAAAUCUCGACCUACCUACAUCGACCGGAUUGCUCUUGAUUUUUAGCGAACAAUCCAUCAUGGUCGCGACCUUUUCACCUCACCGUGAUGCGGGUGGUACCCUCCAUCUCCCAUCCCACACGGGAAUCCAUCAUGUUGAUGCCAGUUCGGCCAUUCGCCAGUUACGACGAUCACUGUCGCGAUCUCCUUCCAAGAGUUCCAACUUUUCUUUUCUCACCUCCCGGAAUCACUCUCCUUCCAAAACAACGCCCUACAUCUCAUCUCCUCUGUCGCCCUCGCGACGCUCCUCGCAAAACAACUUCGUCCUAUUUCCCAGCUCCUCUCAUCAAUCUCCAUUCGCCGUGCCAUACCCGCCAAGCGCCAAAAUCACGCGGCCUGUGAUGCGCCGUGUGCGGACAUCCCCGAGGAGUCCUGCCAAACGCGCCUUGAACAUCUCCGCGGACCAGGGAAACACGAAACCUGCACAGUCCGUUCCAACGACGCCCGACGUGGAAAACUUCCCUUCAGCCAGGGGAAUGAGCGUCCAAUCAGAUGAUGAUGAUACGAGCGGGAAUGGUUGUUCGACUACCCCCGCUGGAUUCCCGGAAACUUCCACUCUUUCACCGCGUCCACCGUUGUCUCGUGUCGAGAAACGGCGGAGCGGGACCUUUGGCUCAUAUGCAACCGUCAGCCCCCUCAAGCGCAGUGACGGAAUAAUGAAUCUUGAUCGGGCCUCUCGUGGCAGUCCGUCGGCCAAGCGGCGAAGUGUUCACACCGCGAACCUCUCUAACGAGUUCAGUAUCUUCGACAGCGAGGACGCGCCUGCCACUGUUGAUGAAUCCGCAGGCGAGUCGCUGACGGAUGAAGAGACACCCUCCUUUCCUUCUGCCACCCCAUUCAGUCCCUUUGCCACGAUCCCGAAACGCUCAUCUUCUCUGCGACGCUCAACGCUCCAGCAACGCCAAAGCGAUCGCUCUAUCUUCUCUCGACCAAAAGCCAUGGGCGAGUCCGAAGCCUCGGACAGCGGCUCUCCCUUGAGUCCUCGACCAUGCCCGUCUCUGGAUAGCAACCUCUUUCAACCGACUCGCGAUAGCUUGUUCUCUCCCCGACCGGUUCCGGCUAGCCCGUUAUUUUCAUCAACAAACAAUGCUCACGGGCAAACGCGUCCGACUGCCCACCCGCUCUCACGGACGAUAACGCAAUCAUCAUCAAGCUCGAGUUUGGUCGAUGACUCGCCUACCCAUGAACCUGUCCACAAGGCUGAUCGCCCGAGAGGGGUGUUCAAUUUCUCCAAAUCGCUCCCGGCGGGUGCCACCCGACCAGGAGCCGUUCGUCCACUCACACGUGAAGACUCGACGUCUUCCACCGAUUCAUUCGCUACCCCGGAGAACUAUAAACUUGUGAAGCCUCUGCCGGCUGCCUUUAUGUCCACGGGGCUCAUUUCGAAAAAGAACCGCAAUGCCGAAGACCCCCAAAACAUGAUGGGCUUCAGCAAGAACAUGCCCGACACGCCGUGCAAACGGCCCAUCAACCUUUUCCCUACCGGACAGAAAGCGCAGCCGGAGCUGUCCUUGGGAAGGUCAACGCUAGUUCGCCCAUCGGAUGCAUCCCAGUCCCCAUCCAACCCUCUUAGCACACGGCCCAAGCUAGGCCCGUUCGCGCGGGGUAUGGGUAUCUUUGGAAACUCAUUCAGUCGACCGGAGGCUUCGCGUCGCGGUAGCUUUGUCAGUGUAGACGGUGAUGAAGGGAUGCAGUCGCAGUCUCCAUCAGCCCGGCAUGAUAGCCAACCCCUCAGUGAAUACGAUCUCCCACCGACGCCGACCAAACAAACCUUCUUCCCAUCGCGCACUUACCCCCCGGCCACAUCGCAAAUAGCUUCCCUCGAGAGACUUUCGGAGGCCAUGGGGACGAAUUCCAGUCCUCUCCAUGACAGAUUCCAGCGUGGAUCCCCACGAACCCCCCAGGAUCACCUCUUUCCCCCCGACCCAAGCGGCCUGUCUAUCUCGGCGCCCAAUGAACAACAUUCGGUCAAUACGGACUUUAAUUCCUCGGAAUUGCCGGCCACCCCGACUGGUCCGCGUGAGUCCUUGUUGCAGUCCGGCAAGAGGACGAGUUUGACCCUGAGCGGAUACCAUGCCCCGGACGUCGACCCGAGCUUGACUUCACGCUUUGAGAAGGUGGAGCUCACCGGUACAGGGGAAUUUUCCCAGGUUUACCGUGUGGCCGAGCCUCACGACCAAGGGGUAUCGUCACUGUUCUCAAGCCAGCCAAAGUCUCCUAAGCCCGUGCUGGAGCAGGUGUGGGCGGUCAAGAAAUCCAAACAGCCAUACUCGGGGUUGAAGGACCGCGAGCGCCGCAUUCGAGAAGUCGAUGUGCUCAAAUCCUUGACGAAUUCCGACCACAUCAUUUCGUUUAUGGACAGCUGGGAAGACAACGGUCAUUUGUAUAUCCAAACCGAGUUCUGCGAAGAGGGUAGCUUGGAUGUAUUUCUUGCUCAGGUUGGACUGAAGGCAAGGUUGGAUGAUUUCAGGAUCUGGAAGAUUCUGCUCGAGCUGUCUAUUGGACUGAAACAUAUCCACGAUAUGGGAUUUAUCCAUCUCGACCUCAAACCGGCCAACAUCCUGAUCACCUUCGAAGGGGUUUUGAAAAUCGCCGACUUUGGCAUGGCUACGCGAUGGCCUGCCGACCAUGGAAUCGACGGCGAAGGAGACCGCGAAUACAUUGGCCCGGAGAUCUUGAUGGGCCGCUACGACAAACCCGCGGACAUCUUCUCCUUGGGUCUAAUCAUGUUUGAGAUCGCCGGGAACGUUGAACUUCCUGACAAUGGUCUUUCGUGGCAGAAGCUUCGCAAUGGUGACACGAGCGACGUUCCCAGUCUCACGUGGAGUUCCGAGACUGGCGUUUUCCGAGACCCGUCCGGCAACCCUGUGUCCGAAGAGCCAUCGUUUGAAGAACUGUGCGCCUCGGACUUUGGUGACGAUACGUUCGGCGACGACAGUUUCAUCGGUAGAUCGAGCGAGCGAAAAGCCGUCCCCCUUGCUCGGUCCGGCGAACUGGUCGACCCUCCGAGCUUCAUGGUUGAUGCCAGCCAUGAGCAAGCCUUGGACAGGAUUGUGCGAUGGAUGAUUUCUCCGCAACCGCUCGAUCGGCCGACCGCAGAUCAGCUUUUGGAGACAUACGGCGUCCAAUUCGUGGGACGUCGACGUCGAGCUGGAGCCACAGUGUACGAGGGCAACUGGGGUCCGGCCGACGAAAUGCUCGCUGAGGACGCCGAGAUGAUCGACGUCUGAAACCCCCGGGGUCAUCUGAUACCAUACUGAUUGAUGCAUUUGGUUGGAGUUGGUGCUUUCCUUACAAUAACAACAUUUAAUGAUGGCGUUGAGGUGACAAUCUGGGAUUUGAAUAAUUUACACGCCCCUGCUCAACCACGCAGCGGGCAACAUGGAUGCUUCUAAUGUGCAAUGGGGAACGCCCACGUCAUGUACCGCGGCAAUAACGCAUUUUUGUUUCUGUUUUUUUUUCUUCUUCACUUCGGUUUAUCACGCCUUCCGACCACUCUCUUGCACUGCCCAAUGGCCGAUAAUGCCCUUUUGGAGCUCGAUGCACUUGAGUCUCACGUUCCUUUCUCGAACCGAAAUGAACUUUCCUUUGUUCUAACAACGAUUGAGCGUUUGAUGCUGCUUUUUUUUUUUUGCAUGCGACUGUCCCCAUGCCUCUGUAUGAUUUUGAAGAAGGUUUUUUCUGCACUUGUCUGAUGUAACAGCCUGUUUUUCUUUGUGUGUUUCUCUCAGUCCCUCUUUCUCUGGCGCUCGGCCUGUGAAGAACCAUUGUUUUUUCUUUCUCUUUCUGUUAUUUCUCAUGCACUUUGGGCGGCUUUAAUGAUGACUAUUAACCCUUUCCUACAUUUGUAUCUCCAUCUGCUUGGCGGCUGAGAAUUUCCCUUCUACCACUGUUAUUAAUCUUUUUCCUCUUUGUUUUGUCCCUCUGUUUCAUAGGAUUAUGGGACGGCAUAGCUGAUAUGUGAUCAAGCGGGCUUGAGAGCAGGUAAUGCUUGUGAUUUAUACUCUUGAAUGCAACCAUUUCUGGGCGCAGAAACUGCGAUGAACCAGAUCUGAAUUUGGAUGCC